AUGCCUUCAACUAAUAUUUGUUCAGACAUACUUAAAGUUCCAGAUAAUAUUAGGUUAGCGGAUCCGUCAUAUGGAAGAACGGGGAAAAUUGACAUGUUAUUUGGAGUUACGGUAUUUUGGAACCUUUUAGGUGAAGGACAAAUAAAGUUGGGCACUAACAAGCCUAUUUUACAAAACACUGAGUUAGGAUGGAUAAUUUCGGACCCGGCGUCGGCAGCGGAAAAUAAAAAAUUGGUACAAAGAGUUCAGUCCUGUAAUCUGGCAUCCGGAUUAUCAGUACAGGAUCAGUUAGAGAAAUUUUGGGUAAUAGAAGAGUAUCCCAGGAAAAGAUUACUGUCUGAGGAGGAAGAGGAAUGCGAAUUGAUAUUUAGGGAUACUACACAAAGAGACGAAAAUGGUAGGUUCAUAGUGCAAUUACCAAUUCGGUCAGGGAUUAAGGGAUUGGGAGAUUCGUAUGAAAUUGCGUUGAAAAGAUUUCGUCAGCUUGAAAGAAAAUUUAUUCGGGAUAAUAAAUUCAUGCUAGAUUAUCAUAAGUUUAUUAGGGAAUACAUUUCAAUGGGACAUAUGUCCAAGGUCGGGGCUCAAACACGGUACGGUAAAAGGAAAGAAAUAAAUACGCAAGGUGCUGGUUUAUGUUAUCUGCCACAUCAUGGUGUGAUGAAGGAAACCUCGGUAACUACCAAGCUGCGGGUAGUGUUUGAUGCCAGCGCCGCAACGAGCAACGGUAUUUCCUUGAAUAACCGGUUAAUGGUUAGCCUUAAAAGUGAUUCAGUUUCAAACAAGGUGACGAAGAGGUCCAUACUUUCCAUGAGCUCUCAGAUAUUUGAUCCAUUAGGAUUAGUAGGUCCAGUGAUAGUCAAUGCCAAAUUGAUGUUGCAGGGGUUAUGGAAGUUAGAUUUAGGCUGGGAUGACGAAGUACCAUCGGACAUUUUGCAUUCUUGGAAUAAUUUUCAGGUUCAAAUACAAAAAUUGGAUUUGCUGGAAAUUCCCAGACAGGUGCUAUGUGAUGCACCUAUCGACGUACAGAUACAUUGUUUCUGUGACGCUUCACAGGUAUGCUAUGGUGCUGCCAUUUACAUUCGAUCAACAGAUAAGGAGGGAAACCAUCAUGUCAAUCUUUUAUGUGCAAAGUCCCGUGUUGCUCCUUUAAAGGUCAUAUCACUUCCAAGACUCGAGCUUUGUGGUGCUCUUCUAUUGCCAAGGAUAGCGCAAGUAGUCAUUGAGGCAUUAAAUAUAAAUUAUAGCAGCAUUACGUAUUGGUGCGACUCAUCCGUAGUUCUGUGUUGGUUGGCAGGGGAGCCCGUACAAUGGACUACUUUUGUAGGAAAUAGGGUAGCAGAAAUACAGAGAUUAACAAAGGAGUCGGCGUGGAAGCAUAUUAGAUCGGAGAGUAAUGCAGCUGAUAUUAUAUCUCGUGGCUUGGAAUGGAAGCAGUUACAUAGCUGUCGGCUUUGGUGGCAAGGACCUGAUUGGCUCAUUAAAGACGGAAGUUCUUGGCCCCAAUCAAAUAUUAACAGGGUAGAAACUGUUCCGGAGCGAAAAACGGUAGUGCAGUCAUUUGUAAAUAAAGUUACAGUUAAUCAACUGUAA